ACAAUAUAUAUAUAUAUAUAUAUACAUUUACAUACAUAUACAUUUUAGACAGUUACAAAGUCCAUUGGAUUUCCAAUGGUGCUACCUGUCAAAGGUUUUAGAGACCAGAGACCAGUAUAAUGAUCAUUUAUUAAACGGUUUGACCAUCCAGAUCUGUUUACACUCGAUUGAUAUCCAGACGCAAUGGGUGCCGGACUACCUCUGGAGGUGGUUAAGGAAGAUCUGAUCACAAUCAGAUCACAAUGUGUCUUUUAAUCAUCUACACCUGUCUAAAAAUGUGGCCACUAUUCAGAAUGUGGACAAUAUCAGGACAAAGGGCGCAUGUUAGAAAGUUAUUUUGUUUGUUUACGUCCCAAAUGACAAAUAGCAUCCUAUUCACUCAAAUGGCACCCUAUUCCCUAUAUAUAGUGUACUACUUUUGACCAGAAUCCUGUGGGCACUAUGAGUCCUGGUCAAAUGUAGCGCACUAUAAAGGGAAACCUGAGCCAUCCUCAGAAAGCAUACCUGGGACAAUUCGUGGGUGCUCUCUCGUGAUGACUAUCUACGUCACGGAAAAGAUGCUGUCAACGGUACCCAAUCCCGCCUCUGAACAUGAGACGUCCUCCACGGUUCAGUGUUCUGAUUUGAGACUGUACUUGUCAUUUACACAUCGCCCCGCCCCCUUAUAAACCGCUUAGCUGAGAAGGAGGCUGGCUGCGGCUGCACGCACUUCGGAAACAUUCAAUUCACGAUGGUGUCAGUCGUCAGUCUGGAGACUGGAAGAAAGCUGCUCGUACUGUAGGUUCAAGUUGUCAUUUUAAAACUUUGUUUUUAAUUUAUUUAUACCGCAAAAUAUAAAUUAUAGUCUUAUAUUAUUCGCCAACAAAUAACACUUUAGUUCAGCGAAAAUAUUUUACUCUCGUUUAUCGUCUCUCGGGAAUCUAAACCUCAGUAGAAACUUUACAAAGUGAGGGCAUGUUCCAGAUGGACAAGGUUGCAGCGCCUCACUGACCCAGAGAAGCCCAAGUCCCAAGGAGAGAGGAUCCUCAAGCCCCAGGGAGACGAGCUGCAGGGGCAGGGAGACGGCCUGCAGGGAGAUGGGCUCAGAGGAGAGGAGUUCAGCCAUGUCUCACAAGAUCUCUUCCCCCUCACACAGCAACAGCAGCUCCUCCUCCAAACACGACAGCCGACAGGACAGUUGGGAGAUUGUAGAGGGGCUGCGUGGAGGACACAGUAAUGUCCAGGAGCCCCAGAAGCAGGAUGGAUACAUGCUGAAGAGGAGGAAGUGGCCGAUGAAGGGAUGGCACAAGAGAUACUUCUACUUGGACAAGGGCAUCCUGAAGUAUGCCAAGUGUGGUGCUGACAUUGAGAAGGGGAAGUUACACGGCUGUAUUGACGUGGGUCUCUCUGUCAUGGCCAUUAAGAAGUCAGCCCAGUGCAUUGAUCUGGAUGCAGAGGAAAACAUCUAUCACCUGAAGAUUAAGUCACAGGAGCUGUUUGAUGAAUGGGUGUCUAAGCUACGCCACCAUCGGCUGUACCGUCAGAAUGAGAUUGCUAUGUACCCCCAGGAGAAGACUUACUACUACCCCCACUUCCCCCCUCCCGGGUCCCCCGGUGUGGCUGAUAGAACGAGGCAUGUGUCUCUAGCCAGGCAGGCAUCGGUCCAUGCUGCAGGUAGCUUCCCUGUAACCUGUACCAGCCAAUCCAAGGUGGCCGCCUGGCUGCAGUCCUCAGACGACAUGAGCAAGUGCUCGAAAGACAUGUCAGUGUGUGAGUCCUACCUGUUGGAGCUGAACCAUCUGCUACAGAGUAUGGAGGUCAUCCACCGCACCUACUCAGCUCCAGCCAUCAACGCCCUACUGCAGGCUUCUACAUUUGACACCCCCAAAAAGGAAAAAAGGCCCCCAAGGAAAUGGCGUGGUUCUAAAAACUACGGAAAAGAUGUGAAAACAACACUGCAGGUUCCCAGUUGCAUCUCAUCUGGCUCCGUCCGUCUCCACGCCUCCAACCCCAACCUCUCUACUGCAGCCCUGGGGACUGCGAAGGCCUACCCUGAACCUCCCUAUAUGGACUCUCCUAUAGACGUAGCCAAACUACAGGAGGACUUCUGCCGCGUCGCUAACAACCUACAUGCCACCAUGAAGUCAGCCCUGAGCGCUCUCACCUCUGAGAAGGAGAAGUUAAAACAGGUGCUGGACCACCAAGACACAUGCCCCCCUACCUCUCCAGGGAUUAUGGGUCUGAAGAACGCUCUGUCCUCGGCUAUAGCCCAGAACUCUGAACUGAGAGAGCGGCUGAGCAACAUUCACGCUGAGUCCAGCUGCGUCCCAGAACCCUCCACUGGGCUCAUAAACCUCUCUGGUCCCCUACAGAAGCAAGACUCCACCGAUGGAUCCCACCCCCUAGUUCACCAGGCAUCCAAUGAGAGCAGAGCGUCCAUCACAGAGUCUCUGUCAGAGUUCUUCGAUGCUCAGGAGGUUCUACUGUCUGCCAGCUCCUCAGAAAACGAGGCCUCUGAUGAUGACUCAUACAUCAGUGACAACGUCAGCGACAACAUCUCCAUGGACAACUUCAGCAACGAGACGGAGAGACCUAACUCGGGCUGUGAAGAGAACGGGGCCCUUCUGAGAAGACGCAGGUCGUGCCUCCCGUCGGCCAGCCCUAACACCAGUAACAUCAGUCUAUGGAACAUCCUUAAGAACAACAUAGGGAAAGACCUCUCCAAGGUGGCUAUGCCUGUUCAGCUGAACGAGCCCCUCAACACCCUGCAGAGACUGUGUGAGGAGCUGGAGUACAGCGAGCUGCUGGACAGAGCUGCUAACACACAGGACCCCUUUGAACGUAUGGUGUACAUAGCCACGUUUGCAGUGUCGGGGUACGCGUCCAGCUACCACCGAGCGGGAGGGAAGCCCUUCAACCCGGUCCUGGGGGAGACCUAUGAGUGUGACCGCCCCGACAAGGGCCUCCGAUUUGUAGCAGAACAGGUCAGCCAUCACCCACCUAUAUCAGCAUGCCACGCUGACUCUAAAAACUACAUGUUCUGGCAAGACAUGAGGUGGAAAAACAAGUUCUGGGGGAAGUCUAUGGAAAUAGUUCCUGUGGGCACCACCCAUGUGAUGAUGCCAGGGUUUGGGGACCACUAUGAGUGGAACAAGGUCACGUCCUGCAUCCACAACAUCCUGAGUGGGCAGCGCUGGAUAGAACACUACGGAGAAAUCUCCAUCAGGAACACCAGCACUGAUAUCUGCCAGUGUAAGGUCACCUUCAUCAAGGCCAAGUACUGGAACUCGAGUGUUAACGAGGUGGAGGGCACCAUCACAGACCACAAGGGGAAGGUCAUCCACAGACUGUUUGGGAAGUGGAACGAGGGGGUGUACUGUGGAGACCCACCAUCUGCCACCUGCAUCUGGAGAGCCAAUGCCAUGCCGGCUGACCACGAGCAGUACUACGGCUUCACUAAGUUUGCUAUGGAGCUCAAUGAGCUGGACCCUUCACUGAAACUGCUGCUGCCUCCCACAGACACCCGGCUACGGCUCGACCAGAGGCUGCUAGAGGAGGGCAACGUAGAGGCAGCAGAGGAACAGAAACAGAAGAUAGAACAGCAGCAGAGAGACAGACGCAGAGUCCUGGAGGAAAACACCAUGACACAUCAACCCACAUUCUUCAGGAAAUCAAAGGACGACACCUGGGUUAGCAGCAACACUUACUGGGACCUGAGAAGGGAUCCAGGCUUUGCCCACCUGGACUGUCCUGUGUUGUGGUGACCUGAGAAGGGAUCAAGGCUUUUCCCACCUGGACUGUCCUGUGUUGUUGUGACCUGAGGAGGGAACCAGGCUAUCACCACCUGGACUGUCCUAUGUUGUGGUGACCUGAGGAGGGAACCAGGCUAUCACAACCUGGACUGUCCUGUGUUGUGGUGACCUGAGGAGGGAACCAGGCUAUCACCACCUGGACUGUCCUGUGUUGUGGUGACCUUAGUGUGACAUUUGUGGCCACUGGUCACACACCUGGGUCAUGUUCAUUAGGCCCAGGACUGAAACAGGGAGGGACUACCUGAACGUGUGUUCAUAAGGUACCAAACGGAAGAAGACAGACUGCAACUUCCAGUCCAAUAAGAAACUUAAUUUUUUGGUUUUCAGUUGCAAAACGUUUUGCUACGGUGUGCACUUAUGAACACGACCCUGUUUGGACUUCCUGUCUGUACUGUGACCCAGGCUGGUUCUGGGGGCUGGAGUCCUGCUGCUCUAUCCGUCUCAUUGGUUACGCCUCAAAUGGCACCCUAUUCCCUACAUAGUGUACUGCUUUUGACCAGAGUCCUGUGGGCCCAAGUAGUGCAUCAUACGCUAAAGGGAAUAGGGUGCCAUUUGGGACGUACAGUCUUGCACAUGUCCAUCUACUGUCCAUCAUUCACAUGUCCAUCUACUAUCUAUCAUUCACAUGUCCAUCUACUAUCCAUCAUUCACAUGUCCAUCUACUGUCCAUCAUUCACAUGUCCAUCUACUAUCCAUCAUUCACAUGUCCAUCUACU